CUUCGUUUUCAGGUCUCCACUCUAGCUGCAUUGGCUCUCGACUGGGAGCCGGGCUCAAUCAACGAGAACUCAAUACGCAAAUCGGCAUUGAACCGUCGCUCGGAUUUUGUGGGAGUCGGCCUCGCCGAGCUAUCUUCCUCAGCUCCUGCGUUGAUAGAUCUGCCAAUCUGCGGCAAACCUUUUCUUUGCGUAACCUCGGAGACAGGAAAUCUCCACACAAGGCCAAUGCAGGCUUGGCGCUCCGAAAAGACAGAGAAGCCUCAGAAAUGCAAGCUACCGACACCCAGCAUCUGCAAUUCGGAGCUAUCUCGUUGCAAACUACCACAUCGAAUCCAUCAGACCACUUCGCCAUGGCAACCAAAACAUCGAACACUAGCGUCAUCACAACAACUGGAACAGCAUCCGCCGCCGUCGCCUCAGCAACUGAAACCGCAGAGAGCAGAAUCCACGAUGGUUUAUCUGAGCUCAGCUCUAAACAAACGAACCUCCAAGCACCAGGAUAUUGUCCAUCAAGAACCUUGUCCAACACGCACCAGUUCGGCUUCAAAGACAACUCUAUCUAUGGUCUGCUUUUGA